ACUCAGUGCUCAGUAGUCAGUUCAUCUGUGUUGACUAAACCAGCAACCACAAUUCAGUGUUGACUUUACCACCAAAAUUAGGUGACUACAUAACUAGGGUUUCAAAUUCCCCGCCAAUUCUCUUCUCUCUCUCUUCAAUGGCAACAGAGGAGAAUGACGCCAAACCAGAAACCACCCCCAACACCACCGUCCCUCAUCUCCCUACCUCUACACCCAACGACGUCGUUUCGGAACCCAUCCAGAAACAGCAGCAGCAGCAGCAACAACCGCCAUUGAACCCUAGAGACUUCAUCCUCUCCGUCGCUUCCAAAAUCGCUACCCAGCCACUUCAUAACACUCCCGACCCUCACGUCUGGGGCGUCCUCACCGCCAUUUCCAACAAUGCUCGCAAAAGAACCCAGGGAAUAAAUAUUCUGUUGACUGCUGAUGAGCACUGCAUUGGGCGAUUGGUGGAGGAUGUGCGUUUCCAGAUUGAUUCCAACUCUGUUAGUGCAAACCAUUGCAAAAUUUAUAGGAUGAGGGUUACCAAUGAAAAUAUGGAGGACACUAUGUCUGUAUUCUUGAAAGAUACGAGCACAAAUGGAACUUAUCUGAACUGGGAGAAAUUGAAAAAGAAUAGUGCUGCUGUAAAAGUUCAUCAUGGAGAUAUUAUAUCAUUUUCAGCUCCCCCUCAACAUGGUAAUAUGAGUUCCUUUGUAUAUCGAGAGGUGGUUGUGUCCACUCCCACAACAGAUAAUGCAGUUCCCAAACGGAAAGCAGAGGAGUUCGUUUCUGAAAACAAGAGAUUGAAGGGUUUAGGCAUUGGUGCUCCUGAGGGUCCUAUAUCUCUUGAUGAUUUCAGAAGCCUUCAAAGAUCAAACACGGAACUGAGAAAGCAAUUGGAGAAUCAAGUUGUUUUAAUUGAUACCUUGCGUAAUGAAAAUCGUGCAGCUGUUGAACUUCAUGAAAAUGAGCUGAAAUCAGUCAAAGAGUCGGUAGCAAAAGGUUACCUUGAUCAAUUGAAAGAGUUACAGCUAAUGGUCGAUCUCAAACACAAGGAGUUGGGAGAAGCUAACAAAAUAUCUGCUGAACAGAAACAUGCAUUGGAAGACCUUAAUGAGAAUCUUAGUGUUUACAUGCAGUCAUGUGCUGAAGCAAAUGCUAUAAUACAUAGUCAAAAGGUAAAUAUUACUGAACUGAAGGAACAAUUAGAUGAAGAGAAAACUAAGCGAAAAGAAGAGCAAGAAAAGGCUGCAGAUGAUCUAAAGGCUGCAGUUCAUAGAGCUCAGUCUGAGGCUCAGGAAGAAUUAAAACGACUUUCUGAUGCUGCGUCAAGAAGAGAAAGAGAACUACAAGAAACAAUAAAUAAGCUCCAGGAGUCAGAGAGGGAGAGUUCUUCGCUGGUUGAAACCUUGAGGUCCAAGCUGGAGGAUACUAGGCAAAAGUUGGUUGUCUCCGAUAAUAAAGUUCGCCAGUUGGAAACACAAUUACAUGAAGAACAGCUGGCCUCUGCAAAUGGUGAAAAGAGAGUAGAAGAACUUGAGCUGGAGACAAGAAGUUUAAAGAAAGAGCUUGAAAGUGAAAAGGUAGCUAGAGAAGAAGCGUGGGCUAAAGUUUCAGUUCUUGAGCUUGAAAUAAAUGCUGCAAUGCGAGAUCUUGAUUUUGAGAGACGGAGGUUAAAAGGUGCCAGAGAAAGGCUUAUGCUUCGGGAAACACAGCUACGAUCGUUUUAUUCUACAACCGCAGAGAUACAAGUACUUUUCGCUAAGCAACAAGAGCAACUAAAGUCUAUGCAGAGAACUCUAGAAGAUGAAGAUAAUUAUGACAACACAUCAGUUGAUAUGGAUGGAGCCAUGGGUGGAACAUCACCCAGAGAAAAAGAAAAUGCUGCAAAGGCAGGAUCUGUUAACUCUGCACAGAAGCUUAACAGAGAUCAAGUUGAAACAUCAAGCGAUGAAGCCAGUGUCACCGAGAAGCAUGACUGCGGUUUAAGAAGUGAAGAAUGCCAAAAUACGCAAGAAGCCGAAUUCACCAGUGCAGAUCAUGACCAUGGUGUUAGAGAUGGAUUCGGUUCGAAUAUAGAUGGUGUUGGCACGGCACCUAUGAUUGAGGGAGAUGCCAUAUGCACCGAGCGAGUUGUUGAGACUGAAAGUCCUGCAAAUUGUGGUGACCGGAACUUCGAUUUGAACAGGAAUGAUGCUUUAGCUGGGGACACUAUGCAGCUUGAUGAUGAUGUUAAUGGACAAGAAACUGAAGACCAUGUUCAAACAACUACUAGGCAAGUUUUACAUCACUCGCAAUCAAAUAAUCAUGUCGACACUCAAAAGACCAUCGAGGAUACACAAGCCAGAGACACAAUCCAAACAGCAGACCUUAUAACUUCCGAAGUUGCCGGUAGUUGGGCUUGCAGCACAGCUCCAUCUGUGCAUGAAGAUAAUGAAUCUCCAACCAGAGACAACAAUGCAAGUUCUGGACCAUUGCAUGAUUCGAAUGGUAUGGUGGCCGAGAAUCAGAUCACUCCUACUUCAGAUGCUGAUGGUGCCGGAAGAAAUAAUGAACAAAAACUACAAAGCGAGACGAUUGGCAUUGUUGCUACUGAUUCAAGGGGGCAAUCUGGAGGCUCUGCCAAUCAAGAGAGAGACAAUGUUGCGGCUCUAUUUGACUCGGAAACUGAGAGUUGCAGCGACACUGGCGAUGAUGACAUAGCUGAUGCAAAACAUGGAUCAAUGUCUGAUGCAGAAACUCAGGGUGGUGAGCAUGAUGAGGAGGAUCAAAAGCAGGAUGAUAAUGAUUCCAUGGAUGAAGAUGAUGAAGCCACUCAAGAAGAUUCUGUUGGAUAGUAGUGGGGAAUAGGGUGUAUCCAAUGAGUCUUCAUUUUGUUCUAAGUUGUAUAUUCUUACUUCUUAGGGUUCUGCAUUUCUAACACCAAUAUCUCUUCUAUUUUUCCUCUCUAAUUAUCAUUAGGCUAUUUUAUUGUAUAUAAGCUUUCAUUCAAAUUUCAAUGAAAAUGUGUUAAUAUGAA